GCCCUGAGAAACCUCGAGGAGGAGGCGGAUCCCAGCCCCGGUCCGUCUUUGGGAGGGCAGCCAAAGGAACGGGCCGUGCUUCCCGGAGMGGGGGAAAAAUUUACGAGAAGCUGCUCACCCGGCUCCUCGAGGUGGGAGGAGGCACCGCCCUGCCCGGGGAGGGGCGGCCCAGCCGCUUCCCGGCACUGACCGGRGGGGCCGGCGCGUCCCGGCGUGUGGGGAGCCCGCUGACCCCGGCCCGGAGGGAGCUCCCGGAGSCUGCAGGAUGCCGCUGCUUAGCUACGGUAUAAAAACUGCUAAUCAAMCUUGAGCAAAAAUUGCCUGGGUGGGAUACCUCGUGGGAUGAGGAUGCUGCACUUGCCAGGAUUUCAGCAAUCAUGUAAACAACCUUUAACUCUGAAGGAGAUAUUGAUUUAAAAUAUACACUGACCGCCUACUUAAGGAGAUUUCAUUUUCUCUAAGUCUCAUGCAGAAAAAGGUGGACAAAUGAUGAAUCACUUCAUGAUUMUGACAGUACUGCUCCUCCUGCGGACUUGCUACACAACAUACUCACAGCAAGAAUCCAAUGUGUUUCCAGUAAGAUACCUUAACGUUUCCAAGGAUUUGGCUCUUCAGCAGCUGCAGGUGGAAUGGGAUGUUGACAAGGCAGCGCAUGAUGCUGAGCUGGCAAUGUCUUUUGAGAUAGAAGUCCGUCGAAUCGAUGAAGCUGCUACUCUGUGGACAGUAAAUAAAUUUCACAAUGUCACACUUCAUAAAUUGGAAAAGCCUCUUCAUUGGACAUGGGAUUCAGACAUACCUUUGGAGUGUAUGUCACAUGAAGUGAAAAUCAGGAGCAAGGCAGAAACAUCAAAAAUCUGGAGUCGGUGGAGUUCAUGGGAGACUGUCCCAGGCCUGGACACUUCAAAUAGCAGUGGGCCACAAAUCUUUCCAAAAGAAAAAACUUUAGAAGAAGGCUCUGACAUCACUCUUUGCUGCAUAGCAAGGAAAAAUAAAACCAUUAAGGAAUUCUCUGUACGCCCAGCUGGUGAURUUUUCAAUCACACAAUCGGUCAAGUCAGACUUCUCACUGUGAAAAAUGUGUCACAUGACAAAGGAUCUAACAUUCAAUUCUACUGUUUGGAUGAAGAUGAGGAGCUCCAACAGGCAGCUUUCUUUGUGGGUAAACCACCUUACACACCUGAAGAUUUUUCCUGCCAAACUCAAGACAUGAAAACAGUAAACUGUACUUGGAGAAAAGGAGGAGAGACCUAUCUCUAUGGACAGAAUUUACCUCAAUACACCUUGUCUGAAACAUCAUCCCAGAAAAUUGCUCUGUGCAGCGCAAGUUGUCCUACGGAGUGCUCAUGUUCUUGGCAUAUAGGCCAACAGAGGAUCUGGAAUGUCACAGUGACUGUGAAAAACCCACUGGGAAAUAAAACUGCCACAGAUGCUUUUGAUGUAAAUCACAGAAUGCGUCCCACUGCACCUUUCCAGGUUUGGGGAGAAUGCACAGAUACAGAAAUCACUUUACAUUGGAAUUACCGUAACAACGGAAUUGAGCUCUUUUGUCAGACUGAAGUGGUCCAGCCUGAUGGGAAAGUAGAACUGCACAACAGCUCUGAUGUGGCCUCACACCACAGGAGCGUCACGGUKCGUGGGCUGCAGCCUCACACGGAGUACAAGGCCAGGGUGCGCUGUGGGGCUGCCAAGCACUUCUGGAGGUGGAGUGAGUGGAGCCAACCCCAGACCAUCAGAACAAUGGAAGGAACUCCAUCAGGAAAACUGGACAUAUGGAGAGAAAUUACACCAGUUCUGGGGGGACGAAAUGUGACCUUGUUCUGGAAGCAAACACCAAGUUUUAAAGCAAAUGGAAGAAUUAUUUCAUAUGAAGUAACCUGGGAAAAAACAGAAGAUGGCUCCAAGCCUAAAAGGAUCUCCUUUUCUUCAGUCUACAAUAGCWCAAGGAUUUUCAUUGAUAACUAUUCUUACAGAAUCUCUAUCAUGGCAAAGAACAGUGUUAAUUUUUCACUUCCUUCAGUAUUGAUCAUCUCUAGUGCUACAGAUAACAGCACUGAAGAGCUCAAGGAAGKACAAGUUACUGGGACAGAUGAUGGCAUUCUUAUCUCCUGGGAGCCCAAAAGUAUAUACGACAGUUACGUUAUUGAUUGGUGUAACUUUCCCAGGUUGCAGCCUUGUGAUUUGCAGUGGAAGAUAUUUGGACCCAACACUUCCAGUGCUGUGAUCAACUCAGCUUCUUUUGUUCCGGGGGUGAGAUAUAAAUUCCGUAUCUAUGGAUCUGUUGAUAAUAGAGCCUCUUUACUGGAAAAGAAGACUGGUUAUCUCAGGGAGCUACCUCCUCAAUUUGACCCUAUUGUGAAAAAAAUUGACCUGACUUACAGUUCAGUAACACUGUACUGGGAUUAUCAUCUCACAAAUGAGUCAGAGCCUGGUUUUUUAAGAGGCUACCAUGUUUAUGUGUCACCURUACAAGGGAACUGCAAUUUGAAAGGAUCAAAAAAGCACAUUCUUCCAGAUGAUUCAGAGCUAUGUAAAUACACAAUUGAAAACCCAGAAGAAAAGAGUUACACCGUGGAACAUCUGAUGUCAAGCACAAAGUACAAAGUAUCGAUUAAAGCAUUUACAGGUGGAGGAGAGAGUCCCAUUGCUAACUUUAGAUACAUAGAUACACCAUAUAACUCGAACAUGCUGUACUUAAUAUUCCUGCUAGUGAUAGUUCCAACCCUAGCUGCUGCUAUAUGCCACUGGAAGAUGAAGUGGGUGAAGGAGUGCUGCUGUCCUGUAAUACCUAGUCCUAACAAGAGCAAAGUGCUGUCAUUCAAAGAGUUUAAGAUUGGUUCUGAGAAAGUGCUGAAGAUAAGUGACUGCACUCCUGAUGUGCUAGCCACGGACAGUAAGGAUGAAGCUCAGAAAUUGCAUCCCGUUACCUGGAGCCCAUUAUCUUCAACUCAAGAUAAGACUGAUAGUCACGAUUCUUCCUGGACUUAUUCUAGUGAAAAUGUAGCGAGAGACUUUCCACCCACAUCUGCACCUCAAACUCAUACUUGUUUUGAAAAUUUUGCUUAUUUUUCUCCUCUUGAGGCUGAAUCWGAUCCCUACCAAAUACCGGAGGCACUGGAAGCAAGCAAGGCAAAUCUGUCAGUGAUGCUGUACCAGCCACAUUGUUAUUUGGAUAUUUUUCAUGAAGAUGUAGUCUCAACCACCAGAGAAACAGCUGAGAGAAAGAACAGUCUGAGAUACAUCUCACAAACAGAUGCGAGAAGCCUGGGGGGAAGGCUUUGAUUUUCUGUCCUCCAGUGAGUCCAUCCAGUGUUUGGGUUACACAACAUAAAGGGAAAUUUCUAAAACCACAACUACUUCUUUUGAUUAGGGCUUUCACAAGUCCAACUGCCCCACUUCCAUUAACACAGCAAAGCUGUUGUUUCUGGAUGAGUUUUAAGUACUGACUUGAACAAAGGAAUUAUGUGAGCUGUGGUUCUGUUACAAGUUAUGGGCAUUAUAUAAGACUUACAGGCUGGUUUGUGGCCUGUAUUAAGCACAGAKGCAGAGAAUUGCUGUGUUUUGCAGAGAUUAAAAAUUUAUUCAUAAAGCAGAGGAGCAGUUUAAACGAAGCGGAAGGUUGUUGUGCAUUUCUCAUGCAGUGCACUCUGGCCACCCCACCCAGGGGCUACUGUGCUGCUGGGCGUGGAGCACUACUCAACCCACUCACAUUGCAGGCUGGGUUGUAUUUUCUCUCUCUCAAAUGAUGUAAGGAAUCAUGAUGAAAGUGUUACCUCAACACAGUUAGGCACAUUCCUASAAGAUUGGAAGGAACUUUGAUUUCUCUGGGAGUGCUGCCCACAGCACCCAAAUCCGGUGAUCWUCCUGCUUUUUCUUCACCUGUCUCCUAACUACAGUUGAUGAGUGAAAGAGCACAGAAAACAGAUUUUUAUAGGGAUGACCCUGCUUCCAUUUCUCAUAACUGGGGUUCCUCACACUUCAGCCCUCUGUGCCUGAAAGAACAACUAUUUAAAAUCAUCUUAACUACAAUUGAAGAGAUGUAGGGAGUUAGGGGGAAAGAAGUUACUKUUCCUGAAGGACAGGUGUUUGCAGAAGUGGUACCAUGGCACAGUCAUGUGCUUGUGCUUGUGUACAUGAACUGAACUUUUGGCAUUAACCCCUGUACUACCACUGCAAGCCCUAAUGAACCAACCAACCAGGCUGGUCAGAAGCACAGGUGCAUGAAUACCAUUUGUGAAGAACAUAAUAUUCAGACUGCAUACCAGCUAAAUCUCACAACACUACUUUUGCACGUAUUUAAAAAAAAAACCCCAAAAAAACAACAAAAAAAGUUUACUGUAACACUCAGAAUCCCUAUACUAGGCAGCAAUGCAUUUGGCCUUUCAUUUUGAUUUCAGAAAGAUGUACAUUUGUAAUUAAGCUGUAUMCUUGGAAUUGUAGCUGAAAGUCUCAUCAGCUUUACCUUUUUAGUGCACACAAGGAACCAUUUGGUUUUGCCUCCUUAUGCUUGGAACCUGUCACAAAUAGAUGGUUUCAACUUAAGAGCACAGAGUAAGUGGUUCUCAAAUGUGAAAAUAAGAAAGGAUGCCUGACAAUAUGAUGUUCAGCUAGUUUGUGAAAACACAGUUACUUGCUUUCCUUGUGUUUAGGUAGCUAAUCACACAGAGAAGUGAGUUCUGAUACCGAACCACAUCUAAUUUUUAUACUGUUACUUACAGAUACUGUUGUAAUCAACACAAGCUGUGUUGCAACAGGAAAACCAGUAAGGCCUUGCACAGCCUAUGGGCUGAGACAAGCACUGGCUGCAGAGGGAGAAGUCUUGAUUCAGGAGAAGGGGAGGUACAAAGAUAGAGAUGGACAGCUGUGGUUGGUUGGAGUUGUCCACCGUGCUGUGUCCAUGUGUGUCCUGUGCAUGAGUGCAGAUGGUUCACAGACUGACUAGAGAAGGCUUUGUAGCACAGCAGCUUUAGCCUCCAGCCAGCAGCAUAAGGAAACCUGGCUGGGCAUUGUGCUGAAGGGCAGUUUGACAAGAGAACAGGGAGGGUAAGAUAGAAGGCUGAUGCUAUUUGAUGGCUACAUCCUAGGGAAACUUCUUCCCUUUACUCUAUCCUCUUAUCUGAGUUACAGUGAAUUWCAAAGCUUUACAGCUUGGAAGGCUUCCUUCUCCAAAGUGCUUCAUCACUUAUCAUAUGUAUUUGCAUGGCUUAGAAGUUUUACUGCUGUGAAAAAGGCCAGUAAAGAGCUGUUUUGUCAUUACCAAUACAAAACACCUGAGAUUUGCAUUUCAGAAAAAGGUCUAUUUAUUCUAAAACGUUGAAAAUGUGUCCUAAAUUAAGAGUUAUGUAGCUCAGAAUCCUGAUAUAGAUGUCAAAGAAAUCAGACUAUUCCAUGAGACAUUUUAAAUUUUGACAGUGCUGCAGUUCCUCAUGCCAGACAGGACAGCUGCAACCAAGCACAACUCCCUGCUUUGAAAAAGCUGCUGUCACUGGCUUGGCUGCGAUUCCGCCCAGGAAGUGAAUGAAGGGGUGUGAAAGUGUGUGGGUUCAGCCAGUUGUCCCUUCCUCAUGGUGGGGUGAGACACAUGGGCCUCUCAGGCCCUUGGCUGUUCCCAGGGAGAUUCUGCUCCGAUGAAAUGCCAUUAUCUGGAUGUAGUGACACACUUGACCAUGUUCCAGAUUGCUGGGUGAGGGAAGGAGAAGCCAGCUUCUCUUUCCAUGUAAACCCUUCUGCUUCCUCRGCCUAAUCAUAAAAGCAUAGAAACAGAGUAUUCCAGGAAGGAUAAUGCCUUUGUGCCAGUCAAAGGGCACAGUCCGGGCACCAGAACUGAGGAUUAGAGAAGUAUUCUGGCAUGAGUAGGGAAGCGUGUAUAAUUUUUAUAUAUUAAAACAUCUGUCUUGCAUUAAUGRUUGAAUGAGUUCAAACUGUAAUCUUCUUUGUUUAUAAUUCAACUUUCACAGCUGUUGUUGAAAUGCUAAUACUUACACCAUCAUAUAAUAGAAAAUUAGUCUCAGUAUCAGUAUGUUAAAUUUUUAAAAUAAAAAUGGUAUGUGAACUGUUGA